AUGAAUGUGUUUUUCGGAGCAAUUUGUUUUUCACUCAAUAUCGUCUUGUUCUCAGUCUUUCUAUCAUCUCCAACAUUACGAAAGAAACACAGAAAUAGAAUCUUGAUGAUACUUGGUUUGGCAGACACAUUCAACACUCUUGCGAUUCUUUUCAUGGGGAAAAACCGAGUAGAAUUAUAUACUGAAGUGAUUCAAACUCAUCAUCGACCCAUCAAAACUGCAUGGCAGUGUGCCAUUGAACCGUGGCUCAUUUUAAGAGGAAUCGGUGACAUCUGGCCACCUGUUGUUCAAAUGGUUAUUGGAAUUCAGAGAGCUCUCGCAGUUUUCACUCCCAUUUGGUUCCAUAAAAACGGCAGAAACAGAUCAAGUUUCUUAUUUGGAUCAACUCUUGUUAUUUUGCUUCCAACUUUGUUAAUUGGUUUCGUGAUAGCAUACAUCAACAGAAAUGCAAAGGUUCAGUACUAUUGUGGCCGAAAAGCAGCAUUUGGAAAUGAUUAUGCUACUUUCAUUUAUAUUAUCAACAUAUUCGGAUAUCUUUUCAGUUUUCUUAUCAAUUGUAUCACAAUGAUCAAGGCUUCUUCGACUAUAAACAAAUUGGUCCGUCGACAAAUCAUAAAUGUUCGAUACAGUCUCGUGAUUUCAUUUAUUUCAUUUGUUCUUGUGUCUAUUCCCAACGCAAUUUCAAUAGUGUCAGUUCACUUUGAAGACGCUGUCAGUUUCAUUUCAAAACCAUCCACCUACUUCACUUGCAUCAACUCUGGCAUCAACAUUUUUGUCUACUUGUCGCUAAAUGCCGAGUUCCGGCAUCAAUUCAAAUAUCUUUUCUGCAACAAGAAACGGGUUGUCACUUAUGGAGAAGCGGAGAAGGCGUCAAAAGGGUCAAAGACACGUCAUCAUGUUGAUUUAGUUGUUCAUUCUGUUCAUUCUUUGGCGUGA